AUGCUUUCUCUUAAGAAGACUUUAUGCCAUCAUAUGAGACCGACCGUCCAGAGUCAAACACAAGAACUCCCAGUAGCAGAGACAAUUGGUACGAAUGAUGGGCUUCAAUGUCUCGGGCCUGAAACAAGAGCACCUUCAGCAAGUAUUGAGCUGGAGAAAGAAACAUCUGAGAUCUUGUCAUCGCCCGUUUCUGUGCCAGCUACCCUAGAGACGACAAUUUAUAAAGAAAAUCAAGAACCAAAUGCUAGGCCGUCUACGUCUAGAGGAUAUUCCAUUUUCACCGGAGUUUGUGAGGCCAUUAUCGAAAGCAAGGCCCAGAAAACAACAAACACGAAGGAAAAAGAGAAGUUCUGCAAUUUUGACAGACACUCCGGAGAAAGAUGGGCUUGCUUCACAACAACGUAA